AUGUGUAGGUAUGAGAUAUGUGAUGCACCUAGUAGGGCUGAUCAUUUAGAAGAUGCUACAGACCUUGAGUCUGAACCAGCAUUAUCUCAGGGAUCAAGUUGGAGUCAAACUUCAGAAGGUCAGCAGCAGCUUAGCAGUGGAAUUCAUGUGUUGAAUGAACAAAUUGUAAAUCUUUCUACUGGAAACACAAGUCCAAUAAAAUACCAACUUCAACAGCCGUUGAAAUGUGUACAAGAUAGUACUAAGAGAUACUUAAAGAGAAAAGCAACAGAAGUCAUCCUAACCAUGCUCCACUAUAUUACUCCUGGCCAGUCUUCUGUAUUAUUUCGAUGGUUAAUGGACGACUCUCCUGAUAUAAAAGAGGACUUGGAGAACUCUAUCAACAUUGAUUUUGAAAAGGUUACUGAAUGGCAAGCUCAUCAUAGAUCAUUUACCAAUCUUUUUGGAAAGGUCAAACAGGACUGGUUUGCUGUGGCUUCAGCUUUAGAGCAUACUCUUACAACUAUAAAAGAACAGAUGCCACAGAUUCAGGAAGUGUUUCUGCGCUCGGAUAAUGCAGGUUGCUACCACUGCGGAUGCCUUUGGUUGAGUUUACAAGGAAUCAGUGAGCGCACAGGUAUAAGAGUUACACGUUACGACUUCAGUGAAGCGCAGUCAGGAAAGAGCAUCUGUGAUGCAAAGAUAGCCCAUAUGAGAUUGAAAAUGCGCAUGUAUGUGUCAUCAGGGAGGAACAUCACCAGUCCUUUCGAAAUGCAGGCAGCAAUAAUGGAUGGAACAGGAGUCAAAGCUUGCCAGUGUGCUGUUGUGGAAGUUGACUCGUCAAAGCAGACCAUGACAAACCACCGCAUUAAAGGAAUUAACCAGAUGAAUAACAUAGCUUUUGAUGGGGACGAUAUAAUUGUAUGGCAAGCCUUUAAUGUAGGCAUUGGGAUAAAGAUGCAGAGAAGUAAACUUUUGAAAAAUGAACAACUUGAUACAGGAUUGAAGAUUUUGUCAAAUUUUGAAGGUGCUCAACAAAUAGAUGGUAAUAUUACCAAGAAAAGUAAGGAAAAUACAACAGGUAAUACUGCUGAACCUAUUGAACAGUCAGUUUUUUACUGUACAGAACUUGGUUGCACAAUGCAGUUUUCCAUUAAUCAAGGUUUACAGGACCACAUUGAUCUUAGUCGUCAUACUGAUGAAAAGAUGUCCACUUAUGAUCAUUUAAGACACCGUUGGGUUGCUACAUGCCAAGCAAAUCUCUUCUCUUCAAGAGAAAUUUUGAGGCGAACCACACAAGAAACAGAACAACAUCACUCCGUAGAAAAUGACAUACAAUAUGGAUGGGCUUUGAAGAAAGAGAAAAAAUUUGUGCGCUUCAGCUGUAAAGUGAAGGAGUUUUUACAGAAGACUUACCAGGAUGGAGAAGUAUCUGAAAGGAAGGCAAACCCAUCAGAUGUCAGUCAAAACAUGAAGUCUCUGCGCAAAGACAAUGAACCAAUCAGUCAUCAGUAA